AUGGAAUUUGUUACUGUUGAAUGGUUUGUAUUACAUUCUAUAAUAGCAAAUCAAAUCAAUACUAUCGUUAAGUUCGUUGCUCAUCCACAUUGUCAACAUCUUUUAACCACCUUAUGGUAUGAUCAAUUACCUGGUUGGCGUAAACGUCAUCCAUUUACAAAACUAUUUCUUUGCUUUUGUUUCAUAAUUGCAUUGCCAAUAUUAGCUCCGACAUAUUUAAUUCAUCCACAUGGAUGUGUUGGCCAGUUGAUGCGAAGUCCAUUGAUAAAAUUUAUUAAUCAUAGCGCAUCAUUUGCAAUUUUUAUAUUCCUACUUUUGAUUGCAUCAACUGAUACAUUAACGAAAACAGAUUUACAAAGACGUAGUGAAAUUCGUGGACCAGAUCCAAAUGUUAUUGAAAUGUUAAUAUUAUGGUGGGUAAUUGGAUUUGUAUGGAGUGAAAUGAAACAAAUAUGGGAAGAAGGUCUUAAAGCUUAUGUUCGUCAAUGGUGGAAUUGGUUAGAUUUCUUAAUGCUUGGACUUUAUUUGACUACUGUUGCACUUCGUGUUGUUGCAGUCAUAUUACGCAAAACUAAUCAAUAUGGGACAGAACCAUUACCACGUAAUCAAUGGCCUGAAACAGAUCCAACUUUACUCAGUGAAGCAUUAUUUUCUAUUGCACAUAUAUUCAGUUUUGCAAGAAUUAUAUUUCUAUUUCAAGAUCAAGUUGUCACAUAUUACAUUAGCAUAGCCGGGGAAAAACAUAAAGGAGAUGAGAAGCACAUGAUUGGAAGUUAUUUAAAUGGUAACAGAAAUAUAAACCCUGCAAAAUCAUCUCAAAAUGACGUGAUAACUCGAAGAAUGAAAAUAAUUUCUUCCUUUGCUUGUGGUCUUCAUCAAUUGUAUUAUUAUUAUCUUUCAAAUGAAGAAGACAAUAGACCACGUGCAUUUAGUUCACUUGUCAGUUCAUAUCGUACAUUAUUUUGGCAUUUAUUUGGAAGCAGUCAGUCGGGUAAUUUUGAAGUGACAUUUGUAAAUAAAACCAGCGGUGAACGUGAACGUAUGGAAUCAGCUAGAAAUACGAUGGUUGUAGGUGAAAUCCUACUAUUAAUUUAUCAUGCGAUGGCAAUUAUAGUCUUAGUAAAUAUGUUAAUUGCUAUGAUGUCUAAUUCAUUUCAAACUAUACAGAAUCAUGCAGAUACAGAAUGGAAAUUUGCUCGAAGUAAACUAUGGGUUGGUUAUUUUGAUGAAGGAUCAACGCUUCCACCACCAUUGAAUACAAUUAUAAGUCCUAAAUCUAUAAUCAGAUUCUUAUGUGGUAUAUUUCAUUUUAUAACCUUAUUAAUAAAAAAAUGUCGAAAUUGUAAACUGUCAAGAAAUACCAAUAGUAAUAGUAAUAAACAUAAACAGACAAAAUUAAACACAUUGAAUCUUCAUUCAAAUCAACAAAAUAGUCAAACAGAAUGGGAUAUUGAAAUUCAAGAAACAAAUACAAAUGGAAUUUUUUCCAAUCUUGAUGUCAUGAAUAAACAAAAACAACAGUCUAUAAAAGAAACGAAACAAAGCAAACGAAAAACCUUUUAUCAGACAGUUAUGCGUCGACUUGUAAGAAGAUAUAUACAUCAAUCGAAGAAAACAAUGAGACAAGAUGGAGUGAAUGAAGAUGAUCUAUUGGAAAUUAAACAGGAUAUAUCAAGUUUAAGAUUUGAAAUACGUGAAGAUAGAAAACGGGAAGUUGUACGUGCUGUUUGUCAAUUAGAAAGUUUAAAACAAGAACUUGUUGGUGAAUUAAGUAAACAAAAUUCAAUAUUACAAAAUAUUCUCUUACCGUAUAAUGUUGCUACUGGUGCUUCUUCUUCUACUACUAAUACCACUACUCCUAUCACCACAAAUUGUACAAUAUCAUCUUAUCAAAAUGCAAUUACUUCUAUUCAACAAACACUACCGAAAUCUGAAAUUGAAUUACCAUUAUCAGUCAAUAUUCAAAAAAAGCAUUCAUUACGACAUUAUAGUUCAACGAGUAAUACUACUGAUCAAAUAUUAGAUUCAAUGAAUUCUAAAAUAAAAGAUUCUAAAAAAAAAUAUUCAUUAAAUUAUGAUAAAGAUAUUAAUUAUUUAACAAAAAUGAAUGAAAUAUUAUUUGAUUAUUCAUGGUUACCUAAUAAACACAAUAAAAUUAAUACAGUUAAAGGAUUAUAUAUAGAUGAUUGGUAUCAAUUUAAAAAUGAAAUCAAAAUUGGAUUAAAAGAAGAACUCGUUUCAUUAAUUAAAAAUAAAUAUCUAAUAGUGAAUAAUGAAAAAUUAUUAAAUGAAUUAGAAACUACUAAUAAUAAUGAUAUUAGUAAUCAGAUUGUAUCAACAUCAUACAAUUCAUUGACAAAUGAAAAUAAAUUAGAUAUUUUUCAGAAUAAAAUUUGUAAUAAACAUUCUGAAAAAACAUUUCCAAGAUUUACACAAACAAAUUAUAACUUUAGAAGAAAUUCUAGACAGAAUGAUAAUAAUACUGAAGAAAUAAAACUAUCACAUUCAAAAUAUCCAGACAAUAUCGAAGAGAAAUCAUCCUGUUCAACAUUCAAAUUAUCAUCAUCAUCAUCAUCACCCCCGCGAUCAUCUGUUCCAAACGAGAUCCUAUCAUCAGCAUUAAUACCAUCGUCAUCAUCACGAUCCCAUGAUCAAUACCUUAUAGCUAGUACAAAUAAAGCAAUGAAAAAUAUAAACAUAUCAAAUACCUCACGUAUUAUACCUACUGUAUCCCCAACUCCGACUAUUAUCACUACUACUAAUAAUAGUAGCAGUAGCAGACAUCGUAACAGCAAACUACCAAGAGACGAACAUAGUAUUGAUGAAAAUGAAGGAAUAAUCAAAAUCUAUGAAACUUCUUAUAUCCAUUACGAAGAUGAUAGUAGUAGUUCAACCAUUAGGAAGUGA